GUACAGUCGAAGAGAUGCUCGUAGGGUUGUUCUCGAUUUACACCCGCAGAUGGCAGCCGUGAGGUUGCUGGUGUGGCACACCUCCCAACGUUGUGAAAUCUCCGUGUUUUUAAUUUAUAGCCGCACCCCCGCCGCGCGGCUCGCCUGUGUGCCUGCCGGAAUCGCACCACCCCAUCCUCCUGUAACCAUGGCGUAUCCAUGAAGAGGACAAGGUGGCACUCGAUGCUCCAAGCUCAAUUUUACUUUCGCAGUGAUGUCUCGGUUUCUCCGCUUUCCUUCGCCAUGUACGAGCUCCCUGGUUAUCUGCUGUUAGCGCUGUUCAUUUUCUCUGAGGAUGCGUUGACGACGCGAGGGGAAGGUGGCUCCACCGCCGCUGGCCCAGCUGUGCUGACGGACAACAAUGUCAACCUGAUCCUGCAGAAGGCCCUCGCCAGGCCGCUGCGGCUUCGGCAGCUCCACCGCCAGGUCCGCAAGGCCUCGGUCUCCGCAUCAGCGGGUACCUUCACGCUGAAGGUCCAGGUGAAGGACGUCUGCAGCCGGCAGUCCCUGAGCCGGGCGGCGGUGGACGUGUUUGUGAACCACACGAGGACCGACUCGUCCCUCACCGGGGACGACGGCGCCGUCCUGCUCCAGGUGCCGUACCGGCUGGGCCUCGCCCUCACCGUCCUGGCCCGCAGGGAUGGCUACGUCCCCACGCCCCUGCCCUGGAGGACCACCAGAAUGCCGGUAUUCUCCUCCGUGACACUGUCGCUGUUCCCUCAUAACCAAGGCAACAUCUGGCUGUUUGAAGAUUCUGUGCUGAUAUCUGGCAAAGUAUCUGAUACUGCGUCUCAGCCCAGCGUGCGGUUUCCCAAGAGCCUCCUGAAUCUUCCGGACCAGAACAACAUCUCCUCAGUGACAGCUUACCUGACAAUGCCACAGCUGCCAUCAGAGAAGGACCACCUCCUGUACACUGUGGGGAUGAGGAAAGGCUCUGGAAGCUCGGAGCUGAGCCCGGUGGCAGCAGUCAGUGUUCAGCUCUACAGUGAUGGGAGGGAGAUUCAGGUGACCGGGCCAAUCCAGAUCACCCUGCCCCUGCCAGACCACACCCGCCUGCAUCCCUCCAGUGCCGUGCCAGCCUGGACCUUUGACCUGAAGACAGGUGCCUGGAUAAAGCGAGGUUUAGGAUUGGUCAAGCUGGAGGAGGAUGGCUUGGUGUGGACCUAUGAGGCGCCUCAUCUGGGGUACUGGAUCGCAGCACCCCUGCCCUCGCCCAGAGGUUACAUGGGACAUGGUACUACUGUGGACUUCAUCUCAUACCAUACUUACCUUCUCAUGGCCAUCCUUGGAGGAACGCUAGUCAUUGUUAUUGGAUUUUUAGCUGUGCUGUUAUGUUACUGUAGAGGAUGCAUUUGUAAGCCAGAGAAGAAAGGAAGAAGGGGCACUAAGAUGGCGGUUCUGAAGAGGGACCAGACCACCUCCACCAACGGCAACGGCAAUGGCGAGGCCUCGUUCCGGUACGAGGAUAGGUCUCGACCUCUGACCUCCCGCACCGGCGGCCAGAGGGACGACCUGGCCUCCUCCAGACACAAAAGCAACUUCAACAUCUACGUGGAGGACGUGGGGCGCCCGUGUGCCAAGCUGUACGAGAAUGUGGGGGGCCCAGACCGCGGCAGGCCCGCGCCCCCCCCGCUGUACGUCAACAGCAGCGAGGUGGUCAGGCCCGCGGAGACGGCCGAGCAGAAGAGGGCGCAGGCGGGACUGGGCGAGAACGUCUUCUUCCCCGAAAGGCUGGUCCACAUUUACAGCCAGCCGGUGGCCAUCCUCCAGGCGCCCGAGCUCUUCCACUCCGCCGAGCAGCUGACGGGCAGCAAGUCGGCCACCCUGCCCCGGAAGGGCCCGCAGGCGUACGACUCGCUGUCGGAGCCCGCCAGCAAGGACAGCUUCACCCAGACCCUGCCCAAGAUCCCGCUGCUGUCCCAGCAGCAGGACGGCGAGGAGCAGCAGGUCCUGCAGGGCCCCCAGGGCAUGGCCUCCAACCCCGGGCCCUGGGGCCGCUACAGCAGCCUGCUGGAGUCCGUGUCCGUCCCGGGGACGCUCAACGAGGCGGCGGGAAUGGGCCCCUUCCACAGCGAGCUCCAGGGCAUCUCGGAGCAGACGCUGCUGGAGCUCUCCAAGGGCAAGCCCUCGCCGCACCCCCGGGCCUGGUUCGUCUCCCUGGAGGGCAAGCCCGUGGCCCAGGUGCGCCACUCCAUCAUCGACCUGCAGAAGAAGGUCCGGCCCACCGACAGCAACGACACCAGCCUGGACUCCGGCGUGGACAUGAACGAGCACCAGCCGGGCCGCCGGGCGGAGCGCGACAGGACCUUCAUCCGGAGCGCAGCGCACAGCCGGGCGCUGUACGGCGAGGACCCCGACCUGAGCAGCAGCGAGAGCGGCACCACCGCCGCCUGCACCCCCGAGGACCCCUCCCUGCGCAGCGUCCUGGACGGCAGCAGCGGGGCCAUCCCCAACAUCCCAGAGGAGAGGGACGGCGCCGACACGUCCAGCGCCCAGGAGGACAGCGAGUCCCGCUCCACCCCUCCCCCGCGCCGCCUCCGGAAGGUCCGGGACAAGAGCAGGGGCGAGAAGCACAAGAGCACCUGGCACCUGCGUGAGGAGAGGCCUCUGAUGAAGCUGAAUUAGGGCUGCACCCCGUCCCGUCCCAUCCCAUCCCGUCCCGGAAGAAGCCCUCUCUUGUGUUCCUCUAUAAUCCAUUCAUAGGAAAGAUACAAAGAGCUCAUGUUAGAUAUAAGUGAAAGGGGUAAGCCUGCCUGCCUGCCUACAGAAGAUUUGCAAGUUCUGAUUGAUUGGCCCUUACUACAAAAAGCACUAAAGACACCCACAACACCAGCACUUCCCCAUAAAUAAUGUUAAUAAAGAAUACUAGCACAACCCUGCAACAGUUUAUUGCCCCCUGGUGGAGAGGAGGCUGUGAGCUGGGGAAAUUCAUCAGGGGUAUUGGCUGCUCUACAGAACGCAAGCAGAAAGUGAUCCUAAUCAGGCUGAACUAAUUUCUUGGUGUGGAAACAUUCAUACUGUGCAUUUGCUUCAGCCUAGCUGAGACUGGCAGGUCAGUGAUGUGAUGAAUCCCAACUCAACGUGCUGUUUCACAAGGCUCAUCUGAAACGCCCUCGUACGUCAAACUGAGGCUUGCUAUGUUUCAGUCUGCUCCUUUGUAUGCCUGGUGAUUGUACAGAGGUGGUCUGUGUCGCUGUUACAUCUUUGUCUAAAUUUGAAAAAGCACAUGUUGAAAAUCAAACAGGUUUCAAGUUCCGCAGUGAUCAUGGUUUAGCCUUCUCUUUCAUUCCGUUUGGAUAUCAGUGACUGAGGGUAUGGCCUGUUUGCAUUUGUCUUUAGCACCAGGAAAUAAGCCGUCCUCCAAAAGCGUUGCGUAUACAGGAAUACAUGUUUAUAAUAUGAAACGUAAUUCAUUCCGAUACUGUUUGUCACACCUGCUGGCAGUGGAAUACAAAAGCUAAUAAUAUUUAGUAAUUACAUUGUAUGUUCCUAAAGCGCACAGCACAGUCUGAACCUGUGAAAUAUGGAUUCAUGAUACUGCGUGGUUAGCUGGAUAAGGAACUGAAUAAGCUGUGAGCAAAUCUGAUCUUCUGGCCUGUAAAAAAAAACAGCUUGAGUUCACCUAGAAUAUGGGCGAGUGUGCAUUCCAUCAUUUUCUGGGUUUUAAUGUGAACACUUCAUCUGUUUGCAGCAGAGAUCCAAUCCUUUCUGCUGAAAUAAAUGACCAGGUUCCUUCACAAUUAUCUGCAUUGUUGUAAAAAGUAAAAGAAAUGUGGGCCAUGUUUGUAUCAAACAUGUUCCCAUAUGUAGCAUUUUCCCUGACCUUUCUUUACCUGAAUGUCUAACCUGUGUCAUUUGGUUUUCACUUAGUGUUAAUUGUGCUCAGACAUAUAGUAGUCCUGUGAGCUGUCACAGAAGAGUCGGUAUUGGUUUACAUAUUUGUAGGUGAGGUGGGUCCAGGGACUUGUUUUUGAUGAUGAAAAGAUGAAAAUGUUUUAUGAGGAGUAUGUCACAGAAAAGAACCUGAUUUUUCUGUGUGAAAACCGUCUGGGCAUAGACUAACCCACAUAUAAUGCACAAAAUAUGCUUGAAUUGAUACUGCUGGAAGCAUCAGUCACUGUCUGCCAGACUGCAGGUCAUGCAAUCCACCACAGACAGUCUGUAAAACCUGCUGGCCAGCAAAGAUUGAACAAAAAAAAUGAAGGUCUCAAUUUUGGCAUAAAUGCUCCUAUUCUAUUGUAGUCCUUCAUUUAAAAAACAUUUAAUAAAACAAUUUUGGCUGUUAAAAAAGUUUCAGCGUUGCACAAAAUUGGAGUAAUAGUUUGGUUAAUGGUGCAAAUGGUGUUUUU